AUGUCGAAGCAACACUCUCAGGACAAGGAAGACUUGCAAGGGCUCAACAUCGCACUGGAUUCGAAGCAGCAAGAACUUGAGCUGCUCAAGCGAAAAAUUGGCGUCCGUGGUACGGCUGGCAGCACACCAGCGCCUGCGUCGAAGAUCGCCAACCGAAGAGACUCGGCUAUCUUCACUGCAACGCCAGCCGCAACCUCAUCGAGACCCCCGUCUGUCCUCUCCGAUGCAGGCACAGACGGCACCACGGCGAGCACAGGGCGAAAGGAACGGAAGAACUCUUCCGAAACGCCGCUGUCGGCCUCUGGAAGGACAUCGGCUUUGGGAAAGAGUACUCGGGUUAACAGCACCGCCCCUGGUUCGUUUUCAUCGGCGAAGAAACCUCUUUCACGCACGAGUAGUGUGGAUGGGGCGAUGGGCCCGCCUCCACCAAAGGCAGCGGCACGACCAUCACUCGUCGGGACUCCGACGCCUGGCAUCUCAGCCCGAGUGGCUUCAUUAUCCCGCAGCUCGUCGGCGAGAACGUCGAUGACGCCCCAGUCUGUGACACCGGUCCCUCAUCGGCGGGUCUCGAGUGUUGCAACACUUGAACAGGGCACCCCUUCCCGGACGAAGAUCGCGAGGGCGACGGUCAACGCCAGCCCUGCGCCGAGCGUCCUCUCGGAGGUUGACGAGAAAGAGAACGCCACCCCUUCGUCAGCGAGGAAGAGGGUGCCUGUCCUUUCUGGAUGA